AUGGAGCUUGGUAGAUGGAGGUGGCGGAGCUCAGUAUGUAAAUCUAACGGCUCGUCCCGCCCACAUUUCCUUUGGCGCCGGGGUGGACUUGCGAUGGCGGGGUUGCUUCCACGGCACCAGGCUCUUUACAAGGGUCUCCGGACCCCGCCAUGGAAGGAUACUUUCCGGCAGCGCUGUGUGGAGAGACUGAAAAGUAGUCGGGCCAAGCUGCUAGAAAGGUAUCGUCAAGUGGGAGAAAAUGGAGCUCGCAGAGCCAGUGAACCCUUGCUGGCACAGGAAGUGAUGGAAGUUGAAUGGAAAGCUUGGCAGUCUGUGGAUGCUCAGCUACCCUCUCUCAGAAAGCAAGAUUCUUCCCGGAUGCUUGAAGAACUGGCUGUACUGGAUGAAAUCCAGCAGGAACUGAUCUUUCAAGAACAGUUGGCCAUAGAGGAAUAUGAGCGAAGCCUGCAGUUUGAAGAGGAGUGCCUCAACGCAAUGCUUGAUGGCUUGGAUGCAGAACACCACAUCAUCUGUCCUGUUUGUAGAAGGAACAAUCUCAGUGUGAUGAGUAACACGGUGGUAUGCCAGUGUGGACUGUGCAUCAAUACCCCGGGGAUGACUGAGGAAAAACUCAAGCUGCUCUUAGAAGAAUGCCUGAUGGAACAUAGCCAACACUGUCAGCACUGUCCUGUUUUCACUAUAACUAAUAUGAUGGAAGGAGAAGCUAAUCUUCUUAUGAGCUGUCAGGCUUGUGAUUCCUGGACAGUGAUUUUUUAAUUCCAUCUGUUGUAGCACUACUUGGAAAGCAAUGCUGCUAAGUCUUUUUUCCCCUUCUUCUGAGAAGGGUGUGUAUGUAUAUAAUAAUCACAGUAUAUAUAAGUACAAAAAGUGUCCUCUAUUUUUUUAAAUUUAACUGGACCUGUGCUAUUUUUUCUAAACUGCCCUGAUGAAUAAACUCUCUCCUUUUAUGAUAGGAGCUGGGGAUUAUAGGUUUGGAGCAGACAUUUCUGGUUGCAGCACUUCUAUGUACAAAUUCUUGGAAACUUUGAUCCAAAUUGCAUAUACGUUCAUAAGGGAGUAAAAGCACAACUGUGUAUGAAGAACCACCUAUUUUGCAAAGAAUAUCUCCUAGAUUCUAUUAGGUACAUUUCCGCUUAAAGGAGAUCAGAUAACAGAUAGGGAUGGAUAUAUUUCAUUCUUGGAUGUAUCUAAAGACCAGGGCCAACUACUGUACAACUAGGGUUGGCCAACAUACCACUCACCAGCUCUGACAGUUUCUGAGUGUUAGUGGAAACAACAUUGGCUAGUGGUCUGAUUGAGUAUAUAAAGCAGCCUAAUGUGUGUCAUCUUUUUAAUAACACUUGGAAAUAAAGCUGUGUUUUCUGGGAUGGGCAGCUGCUCCUUCCUCUCAAAUAUGCUGGUGAAAUUCAGAGCUGUGAUUAAAAAAUGGGGGGAAGGGAAAUUACUCCCCCCCCUGCCAUAACUAGGAAGACUCUGGUACCCCUAAUAUAUCUUUUUAGAAGAAAGUCUCCCUUAUUCCCACAAAAGGGUUUUUAGCCUGGCCUCCUUUUGUCCCAAAGAAUACUGCCUGCCCAUAAGCUAAGCAGUGGCAUAAAGAUCCACUGAAAAUGGAAAUACAGGUACUGUUAGAGGCUGGUUUAGUAGAAUUCCAUGGGAGGGCUGUUGAUGUGGUUGUUCCCCAGUUUUGGAAAAUCCCAGCAUUUUGGUUGAGGGAAGUUUUUGAUAUAUAAGCUGGUUCAUUACUGAGGUAUGUUUCUUUUACUUAUUUUGAGACCCAUCUUAAGUAUGCUUUGUUGGUAGAAAGGCAGGAUAUCAAUUAAAUAGAACAAUAUUGCAGUGGUUCCCUAAUGCAGAUGGUAUGUAUAGCCUUCUGCAGAAUCAUAUAGAAUUUAGCCUCCACUGUGUACCAGCUACUUGUUUUCUCAAUAACAUGUUUUGGGUAUAAGAUGAUGGCAACUAGGGUGCUUUCCUCCUCUCUGCUAUAUUCACCAGGUUUUAAGAAACUGCAAGAAAAGAUUGGUUGAUAUUUCUACUUUCCACAUUUUGGAGGAAACGUUCUUUGAAAUCAAGUAAUUAAGAUUAACUUAUGGUAGCCAAGCAAUACCUGAUGCAGAUAAAAGAUCACCUUGUAGUUCCCUCUAUCUUCUUGAAAGUAGCAUGACAUUGAUGCUGUACUCCCACUAAAAUGUGUAAUAUAAAUUAAGUACUUCCAUUUGCAUUUUUGUCUUCAGCUUUAAAAGAUCUAAGUCAGAUGCAAAACAGUGGCUCAGAUAAGUUGGCCUAAUUCACAUUACAUACUAGUCUCAGUGUUUUAUCCCUGAACAUACAGCAUGUUUGCACUAAUACACCAAAUGCAUUCAUUCCUGCCAAUACCAGUUCUGAAUAUAGUGUCAUAUGCCCCACUUUAAUCUCUGUAAUUUUCUCUCUGUGGGACUGUUCUUUAAAUGCUGGUUCAGUAUACUGCGGUGAUGCUGUUGACUAGAGCUAGUUUUAAGGAGCAUAUGUUGGUUCAAACAGGUCCAUUGCUAUCUGCUUUGAGCCACCAAAGGAUCAGCAUAAUUAUCCUUUCUCUUAUCCUUCUGCCAACAGUUGAAAAAGUAUUUCUUCAAUAGUCUUUGGUGUAUAAACUGAGUACCUAAGUGGGUACUGUUUAUUAAUGAUAUUCUGAUUAUUUUAAUUAUGGGGUUGCUUUUUUACUUUCUGCAUUGUUGACCAACUUGAGUUUUGUCAGUUGGAAAGGCAGGAUUAUAAUUUAAGAAAUAAAUACCUCUGAAGCUGUUGUAAUGUUUUCUGUUACUUGAAAUGCAGAUGCAAAACUACCUAUUGCUGCU